AUGGACGCAAACUCCCUGUUGAAAGAGCCACGCAAAGCCCGUCGAACAGCAAAUGGAUAUUUGAAGGACUUGCAGAAGCGGACAGAGGCAACUCGAAGCCUUUUGGCCACGACAACGACAACGACUGCGACGAGAAAAUAUGACCAAGAAUCGCACGAUGGAAGCCAGCACAGUCCGAAUAAUGACAGCACACUACUUUCAGAGUCGCGAACGACUACGCACACAUUCAACACGUCUCCCAUCUCGCGAUCGUCACUUCAAGAUGAGCCUCUGUGUGGGCAGAAGCGCUCAAAUGAAAAAGCAUUUGGUAUCAACGGGGUCGCCAUUUUCGAUCCACGCAUGGAUGCCACACCGACAUCACCCGCCAUGGCACCCAUUGUUCAAUUUCCGCAACUUAAUGUCCUUCCUGGUUCUUAUUCUGGUCCCGACCCGUUGUCUGGACCUGCUUCCUAUCCUCCUCCGAACACCAUGAAGGACCCCAACGCCGGUUCGGUUGUCGGUCCAGACCCAGGAUCGAUGUCCUCGCACUACCCUCAGGUUGCGUCGCCUCUGAGCAGUAUCUGGUCGAGUACUUUUACCAUGCCGGCCAAGACCAUCAGAAACACACAGAGAAACAAAAGGGCAUGGAUGUGGCUUGCUCCUUGGUCUACUUGGUCCUUCACGGUUCGCCUCACUCCAAUGCUGACCGAGACUUUGUACCCGGGAGACUCGUCUCUUCCACCUAGUCUGUUCAGUACAGAGAUAUACAGUCUGAAAUACAAGACGUCCACGGCAUGUGACGUGCCCUAUGUUACUGAUCUACCGUCAAACCUACCGAUAUACGAAGAAGACGAGUUGGAGGACGAAAUUCGAGACUUUUACCCCAACGCACUGCAGAGGGCAACCGAAUCCCCCCUCUGGUUCUGCAAGUUUCUCCUCACAAUUGCUUUUGGAACAGCCUUUCAUGCGCCGCCAAGGGACAGCCCGGACCCCCCAGGUUCCAAUUUCCUGGCAAUGGAAAUCUUGGCACUAGGCGGCCUGUACUUGUACUCAACUGAUCAGCGUGAAGGUGCCAACUUUUUUCUCGGUCAGGCAAUUCGAAUUGCGCAAUUGGAGGGAAUGCACACUCACCUGCCGGAACAUGAACUAGUUUCCAAAAUGGCUGCUGAUGCCCGCGAUCUCUGGUGGACGCUCUACAUCACGGACAGGCAUUUUUCAUCUUCUGUCGGGCUGCCAAUGUCGAUGCAGGAUAGCGAUAUCACGACUCCGGUCAACCCACCGGGAAUAGGCUCAGCGGCUGACACCGCCCGAAGCCUUCAGGUCAACCUUUCGCAUUUAAUGUCUCUGAUUUUAACCACCGUCUACAAGCCUGGUGUAACUGAGUUGGCAGUGUUUCUUGAACAGACUAGGUCUAUUCUGCACACGUUGGCUCAUCACGCUCAAGAGAUUGAGAAGAUUAUCAGUAUCAAAUUCCAGAAAUCUGCGGGAACAAUGCCCCGAGACACACGGCUUCUUACACUGCUGUAUCGUCAGUGUGUGAUAUUUGCCACCCGCCCCCUACUUUUGUCGGUCAUGAAGGAGCGACUCAGCAUGUUGGGAUUUCAAGGUGACGAAAAUUGGACCGAUUUCCUCGCCCAAACAGGCUCUGUCCUCUCCACAGGGAUCAAGUCAGCGGCCAAGACGCUUCAAAUCCUUACUAGCGAGUAUAGUGUUCUGGGUAAGCAUCUUCCUGUAGCGGUGGCCUUUGUCGUCCACUCCGUGUUGGAAAAUCAGAGGGGUUUUCUCACUAACGCACUCUCCAGAUUCGUCCUCCCUUAUGACGUCGAGUUCACUGUUGGAGCUGCCUUGAAUUUGACCAUAGCCAAUGCGCUCUUUCCAGAUGUCGUCGAUUUCAAUAGUUGCCACGAAAUGCCCCAUCAUAUUUUAAACGAUUUGGUGUAUCGACGGAACCGCGUGGCUCAAGCACGCCGGUCAGAGCUUUGCCACCUCGAGGACCUUUGCAGUGAAUCAAUUUCGCGAGGUCAACGAAAGGGCCUUCAAACGUUGCAUCUGUCUGGACCGAAUCCACAGGGGUUAAACCUUGAUACAAAACUGAGCAGGGAUCAAGAAGGGCUGCUUUCAGCAGACAAUGAAGCACACCCACCAACGAGAUGUGUCGCCACAAACCAAUCAAUGCACACGGGGUCUCACGCGCAACCCACAAGCGAUAUGGAGUUCCUUGACAACAUUGGAAUAUCAUCUGAUGAAUUCCUCUCAAUUGUUCAGCAAAUGGGCGAUUCCGGGACGUUCCCUGACAACAUGCUCACCUUGAGUUGA